CUUGAGUAGAAAACCCAAAAGAUAUACUGAAAUAUAAAUAAGUUCAUUUCAAAUAGUAUAAAUACAAAGUAUUUUACAUCAACAAAUCAUUCAGUCAAAAGUUAACCAGGCACAAAGUGAAUGUUAUUUGUUUUAUUUUAAAAGUAAAACGCGAAUAAGAAAAAAUGACUACAGCUGUCGAUUUUCCGAAAGAUUUUUUAUUCGGCGCUUCGUCCAGUGCUUACCAAAUUGAAGGCGCAGUAGACGAGGGCGGAAAGAGUAAAAACAUAUGGGACGUGUUUAUAAAAAAACAAAAAUAUUUAGAUGUGUUCUCUGUCCGGAGCCUAAAGGAUAUACCUAAAGAAUACAUAAAUCGAGUCAAGUUUAUAGGUUAUUCAAAAGGUUCCCUUGUUUUCAAGAUUGUGGAUAAAAUAGUUGAAAGCAUUACUUCGGUUGACGAUGCUAGUAUUGCGUGCGACUCCUAUCAUAAAACGGACGUGGACAUCGCCCUUCUCAAAGAACUCGGCGUUCAAGUAUAUCGGUUCUCGUUAAGUUGGUCGAGAAUUUUGCCAACUGGAUACGAUCAUGCACCAAAUGAAGAAGCAAUACAACAUUACCAAGAUUUAAUCGAUAAAUUACUCGCUAACAACAUACAGCCAAUAGUGACCAUGUAUCACUUUGAUCUUCCUCAAGUCCUACAAGAGGCGGGCGGUUGGACAAACAAUUUUAUAAUAGGAAUUUUCGCAAGCUACGCCCGUUUUUUAUUUAAAACGUUUGGAGAUAAAGUGAAACUGUGGACAACGAUUAACGAACCAAGGAUGGUGUCCGAAGGCUAUGGGGGAUUUUAUGGCAUUGCUCCAUUUGGACCUGAUUUGGGUGCAACAUACAGUGGCAUUGGAGAUUACUUGUCUAUUCGUAAUAUGUUACUUGCUCACGCCACGGCAUACAGAAUAUACGAAAAGGACUUUAAGCCCACACAAAAUGGGGGAGUUAGCAUAUGCCCAGAUACGACAUGGGCGUUCCCUAAAAAUGAAAAUAAUGAAAAUGAUGUAAAAGCCUCAGAGUUGGCAUUGCAACAUUAUGUCGGUAUAUUCAUUGAACCGUUGGUAACUGGUGAAUUUCCAAAAAUCGUCCUGGAAUCUAUUAUAGAUACAAGUGAACGGAAAAAUUUUAGUACUUGGCGACUUGUUCCGUUCACCGACGAGGAAAAAAAAGUACUCAUAGGUGCUUACGACUUCAUGGCGUUUAACUACUAUAGGGCGUUGAGAGUGACCAUGUUGACUGAGGAAGACAUAAAGAAAGAAAAAGAUUUUAAAAAAAUCGAUCAAAGAAUCGACAUAGGAGACUACACGGAACCUAGUAUUCCGAUAGAUGACUAUAAUGGAUUUUACAAUAUUUUAAAAUGGUUAAGCGAAAAGUGCAAGAAGGACACUAAAUUUAUUAUUUGCGAAAACGGACUUAAGGAUUCCGAUGAUCAAUUAAUAAGCGCCGAAGAAAAAACCAAAAAAAAAAUAGAUUAUCAUCGUGGUAUUUUAGUGGAGUUGGAUAAAGCGAUUAAGGAUGGCGUUAAAGUUUUCGGAUAUUGCGUCUGGUCGUUCAUGGAUUCCUUUGAAUGGAUCAUGGGAUACAAAGAUAAAUUCGGCAUAUACGAGGUGGACUUUAAAAACCCAGACAGACCUCGUUCGAAGAAAGGCUGUUUUGACUUUUUCAAUAAGUUGUUCCAAGACAAGACAUUACCAAUUGAUUCAAGCUAAACUACAAAUACUUUAGAACAUAUUCUAGGUUUCUGGGUUAAACCACAAACCAAUUAAAAUUAUUUAUUUAAAUAUAUUUUUUAAUAAAACAAAUAUUUUUCUACUACAAGAUAGAAUACAAGAUAGCUACUAUGAUUAUAAGCUGUUUGCUUUAUGUACAUUUAGUUUAUUUUUUUAAACAGGGUCUGUAGUUAU